AUGGCCAGUCUCAUCGCCAAGUGGGUCAGCAAGAAGAUUCUUGCUGAGAAGGUCGAAAACAAAUUUGGCCGCGAGGACCCUUACUUUGAGAGCGUCCCCGCCACCAGGCUUGAUGGUACCCCCAACGGCAAGGUCAAGAAGCGCAGAAAGGCCUUGCCGCCUGGCCUUUCCAAGCAAGAUGGCGAGGUUUUGACCAAAGUCAAGAGAAGAGCCUACCGUCUCGAUCAGUCGCUUUUCAGCUGCUGUGGUGUGAAAUUUGGAUGGGGUAGCGUCAUCGGUUUAGUUCCUGCUGUUGGUGAUGUUCUCGAUGCUUUCAUGGCCAUGAUGGUGUUCAGAACCUGCUCUAAGGUCGAAGGUGGACUCCCAAAUUCAGUCAAAUCCCAGAUGAUGUUCAACAUCAUUAUCGAUUUCGUCAUUGGCCUGGUGCCUUUCGUGGGCGACAUCGCUGAUGCUGCUUUCCGCGCCAACACCAAGAACGCCAUCCUUCUCGAGGAGCAUCUUCGCGAGAAGGGAAAGAAGAACCUGAAGCGCAGCGGAGCUCCCAUUCCAGCCGUCGACCCGAGUGAGGCAGAUGAAUGGGAUCGCUUGCAAGGCGACCGCACUCCGCCCGAAUACGUCAGCCGUGAGCCUUCUCGCAAUGGACACAUGUCAGCAGGCCGCCACGAACGCACACCAACUGCUCCAGCCGCCGCUGCAGUCAGAGAGGAGCGUCCCGGCGGUCGAGGCUGGUUCGGGUUUGGAGGUCGCUCGAGAGUUGAUGACGAUGUUGAGGCGGCUCGCGAUCCCAGAGACAGACCUGCUCGUCAAUCGCGUCAUUAG